AUGCUCUUCGAAAGCUUCUUUCCGAGUUUGCGCAAACCGGACCCGCUCCACAACUGCAGCAUCCUCAACCAAACGGCGGAGUCGCUGCACGUGGAGUGCGCCGAGGGCUUCGACGGCGGGCUGACGCAGCACUUCAUCAUGGAGGUGUACGACGCCGACACGCAGACGCUGGUGCGCAACGUCAACUCCUCCGCGCCCGUGUUCGCCGUCAGCGGCCUGCAGUCCGGCCUGGGCUUCGACAUCUCGGUGUUCGCCGCCAACGGCAAGGGGCGCAGCGACCCCGUGCCGCUGCACGCCUACACGCUCAAGGCCGCCGAGAAGCGCACAGGCACGCCAUCGCAUCGGCCGUCGCCGCCGGAGAAGUGCCGGGUGGUGCAGCAGUGGGCCGGCGCGCUGCGGGUGGCGUGCAUGCCGGGGGACCCCGGCGCGACGGUGGUGCUGCAGGCGUUCGACGCGCACUCGCACCGCCUGCUGGCGACGACGACGGCGUCGCGGCGCGGCGCGACCCUGGAGCUGCGCGGGCUGCCGGCCGACGGCCGGCCGCUGCUGCUGUCGGUGUACGCGCUCACGGCCAGCGCCGCCAGCGAGGCGCGCACCCUCUACGCGCGGACCGUCAAGGCGCAGCCGCCGCCCUCGCCCCCACCGCCGCCGCCGCCCCCACCCGACCGACGCCGCGCCGCCGCUGCCUCUCCUGCAAUCCUCAAUAUCACACCAGUCCUAGGAAUACUUAUUGGAGGUGUGGCAUUCCUUAUUCUUGUGGCAAUCAUCAUUGUGGUGGUUAUGCGACUUCGAAAUAGUUCUGGCAAUGAUUCAAAACCAAGAGAUGGAGCUUCCACAGAAGAAAAUGGGCACACUAGAACUGCAGAUAAAGCAAGCUCAGUGCCCCUUUCUAAAGACACUGAUGAGAGCAUAGACAGUCAAGAAGAGAAAAACCCUGAUAUCAUCCCUCAAAAUAGUGACACAGACUACCAAGAUCCUGAUGAAAAAGCAUUUGCUAAGCUAAACAAUGCACCGAACCGUAUUUAUGCUAGUAUUAAUCCACAUAUUCAUUCUCCCAGCAGCAGAAUCUAUGACAAUUCUGGCAACAUGAUGAAUGUGAAAAAACCUAGAGAUGAAGUCACUUACGCCGAAUUGGCUUUACCAAAGCAGCAGCCCAUGUAUGUUGGUGUUCCUCACACACCUGGAGGUGUACGACGUCAAGAACCUACUGUUUAUGCUCAGAUUGAUGUCAGCAAACAGAUGCCACCUCAGCAGCAACAUCCUCACCCUCACCCUCAUCAUCAUUCUGAAUUGCUUCAACAGCAACCUCAAGAUGGAAAUACAGCCUCUGCUUCUUUGCCUCUCUUGCAUCACCACCAUCUCGCAGCUGCAUAUACUCCUCAUCCUCAUCAGCCAACACUGCGCCUACUGUCUCCACCUGGACCUCCUGGUCCACACCCUCCAAUGAGCACUUUGGGUCCUCUGGGUCCUUGCCCACCGGAUGAUGAAUUGCCAGCUUGUGCCGAGACCCCACUGCUUCCAGCCCCAGCCCAGCGGGAAAGCACGGUAUAACUCCAUGUCCCCAUCCUCCAGUAGUCAGAUCCAGCACGCAGGUUGGGCUGUUGGUUGGUCAACCUGACUUAGCUGGACAUGCAACCGUGACUCAAACUCCACGUGUCACAGCCACAAGAUUCUGACCAACUGUAAGGGUUGAAAGAAAUCUAUGGCAUGAAGAUGGAUGCAGCUACAUAGGUGAACAUCUGCCCUGCAUUUAUGAGACAAACAACUUUUAACUGGACCGUCAAUAUUGUUAGCAAGAACCAUUGAAAUGCUAGCAAUUUAGAAAUGUUACAAUACCAACACUCACACAAACACAUGCAUACAGAAAUGGCAAAUAUUUCUUGUAUAUACAAUAAGACUUACAUUUAAUAUGAAAUCAAUUAAUUUUGAAUCACUGCUUAUCAAAACAUUGGUGAGUGUGAUAUCAGAUUUCUUAAUAUGAUUGCGUAUGAUAACAAAGCAUAUUAUUAUUCGUAGACCUACAUAGAUACAUCUGAAUUCAUGUUGGCAGCAGAAAAAAUAUUGUGUUUUAUGGGCUUUGUGUUAAUAUGUGUUAAUGAAUGUACCAGGUUCUAUGAUAAAACUUAUUCUAUAGAUGAAUGUUAUGUGGAAAUGUUGAAGAUGUGUUAUGUGAUGUUACUGGUAUAACACAAUUAUACUACAUAUUGUCUUAAAUAAUGUAAAUGCAUCAAGAAUUUGAUAAUAGUCCCUUUGGGGUAAUAUCAAUGUUGAAUGAAAAAACCUGGUAUUUACACAGAGCCAAGCACAUGGCAAACAGAACUUGUUUCUGAGGUUCGCCGUUAUUAAAUGGUAUACAAAUGAAAUAUUUCAGUGUUGGUUAGUAAAACUUAAAUCAUGUAUAUACAUUGUGACCACUAGGUUGUGAAAUCUGCAAAUAAGCCUUUUACCCAUCAGGAAAGAACAGAAAUUAAAAAAUAGUUAAUAGUUCUAUGAUUACUGACUUGAUCAUUACUGUCAAUUUGGAUUCACACGGCAGGAUUUCUAGGUCGUUCAGUGUCAUGGCAGACUUAACCCCACCAUUUACAUUAAUUUGGGAUGAAUAUUGAACUGUUUCAUUAAUCUUCAUAACACUCAUUUUAAAAAUAUUCAAGGACUGAAUUUGUUUGUCAUUGCAUGACGUGUUGCAAUGACCUGAGAAAAGAAAAUACAUUUGUGAAAAUUCUGAAUUUGAGCUAUUCUACCCACAUAUUCUUUUGUAUAGAAAUAUAUCCUCAUCAAGAAGCUUUUUAAGACAAAUUCUCUAAAUUAAAUUUUUAGUUGUGAGGGAGAGAACAGGAGGCAUGAAGAUAAGCAAUCUAGUGAAAUCUAUUGAUGAACAACUUUUUAAGUUAACUGAUUAUUUAGUUUAUUUAAAAUUAAGUGAUUAUAUACAUGAGUGAUAAUUAAUUGGCUUAAGUAAUCCUUUUUCUUUAUUGUGUUUUAUGUAGUUUUUCGAAUCACCAAGAAGCUAAACUAUUUCAUUCCAAUAUCACAUAUUUUGAAUAUGCUGCACAGUAUUUUGAGGACAUUCAAUAUGCAUCACCUACACAUUAAACUGAAGAAUCAUUGUCUGAUUAGGCAUUUAUUAGCAAGCUUUUAAUCAACAUAAUACAUCAUGUUAGAAUUAAAGCAACAAUCUCAAAUAUUUGUAAUUAUUUACAAUCAUAAAUGUAAUACUUUUUUCGGAAACUUUUCAAUUUACUGCGACAGCUUACAUUUCAUUAACAUGAAAUAUGAGUUUGGCAUCUUUUAGACAGUAAGCCAGAAAAAAUUUCAUAGAAACAGUCCACUACAGUUAAAAUUGAAUCUAACAAUUGUAUUAGCAUUUUUUCCAUGCUAAAAAUUAAAUUUUGCAAUGAAAAUUUUCAAAUUUCCUAGUGUGCUUAAAUGAUGUUCAAUUAUCAUUUUUAAAUGUACUACUAUCCAUAAGGAUCAUAAGGGGUACAAAGCACACAUAAUGUGAAACAUUAAUGGAGACAUAAUUUUAUAUACUAUACUUUUCUGCAACACUGAAAUAAGUUUGAUGCCAUUGAUAUUUUUUUGCUAUUGAUCUUGGCUUUUGCAACAAUAGUAGACUAUGUGUGUGUAUGUGUAACUGUGAGUGAGUAUUGGCACUUGCAAAAAUGAAACACAAAUUAAAAAUUGUUAAAUGUCAUCUAUAAAAUUUAUGUAAUGUAUUUCAGUAUCCUCAGAUUUAAUUUCUUGUAUUCUCAGAAUACAGUAGAAUCAGAAAUCAGUUUCUGGUUACCACUCCAUGCAUGAUGUAAUAUUACAAACUUUUAAUGUGUGUGUGGUUUUUUCUGAUAAGUUCAUUCAUUUUUUAACAAAUUUGGAAAGGCCUGAAAUAAAAUUAUAGAUAAUAGUAUUACUUGCUUUAAAAGUCACGUGCAUUUACCCCUGGGAAAUUAUGACAAAGUCUUAGGGGAUACAAUGGCAUGUUCACACGGUCGUAAGAUGACCAAUUCGCAACUAAAAAAAAUUGUUUUUUAAUAAUAGUUUUUGUCAUUUGAGUGGUCAAUUCUUGAUCUCAAGGAUUAAGUUUAUGUCAUAUUAUUCGCACAUUCAGCUCUAAAUUAUUUUUCAUAUUUUCUCCUCUUUAAUAUCAGCACUGCUUGAAAUAUGCAAUUGAAGAGUUUGAAAAAGAGCCAUUGAGUUUUUCUAUUAAUAAAACCUUUAGUUGUAUUUGUCAUUCUUUAGUUGUGUCAUUCAUGUCCAACCAUAAAUGUAAGUUGUAUUCUGUAUCACUACCUGUGGAAUAAGCGCUAUAUAAUUAACAGUGUUUACUUGUUGCAUGCAUUACAGUAUCAUGUGAUGUGCUGUUUUAUUGUAUUUGUUGUUUUAACUGCAGUUGUCUUUAUUGUUGUAUGCAGUUGCAAAUGUAACCUUUCUAUUUCACCCUUUGUCAUGGUAAUGAUAUAAGGAAUUGAGACAAGAAAGUACAUUAAGGUCAGUCCACAGCCUGGACAGAAAAUUUGAUGUUUGUAACAAUGAUAAUUUCCUACAGCUGUCGUUUUUCUGUGCUCAAAACAAAAAUACAGGAGUCAUAUGGUAUAUUAAAGCAGGUAGGGAACAUGGUACUUUGAAAAGGAAACUUUGACAAACAAAAGUUAGUGUCAUUCAUUGAACACACAGUGUGUUUAGAAUCUGUGUAUAAGAAACAGCAUGUUGUACAUGAAACAGAUUACAAGUGUCACAAGGUCCUACGCCACUCAAAUUGAUUUUAAAUAUUUCUAUUGAAAAAACAGAUAACAUGUCAUUAUAUAUCUACAUAUACAUUACCUACAGCUCCAGAAGACAUUUUUAAUAAUAAUAAAAUUAAUAAUAAAUAUACUUACAUAAUUAAAAAGACUAUUUAGAACGUAAUAGUCAAUUUUUAUGGUCAUGGACAUGUGGUGUGUCUAUGAUGACAAAUACAAACCUCUCCACUGUUUGUGAUCUACUUUAUGAAUACAGUAACAGUGGAAUUUUUUUUUACAAGUAGAUGAAAUAUAAGAUAAAUGCCAAAAAUUUUUAUAUUGCAAUUACAAAGAAUAAAAGAUCAUCAGGAUAAAUUCUUAAGCCAGACAAUAUGCCAUUUUACAGCAUGUGAAAAAUGUUUGGCUUUUCUUUUGAUGAGACCCUAGUAAAUUGAAUGAGUCCAUACAUGUGUAUGCACAUGAAAGGAAUGUGUGCUAAGUAUAUGUCAUCUUGGAAAAGAAAGUGUGUGUAUAUGUUUGAAUGAGUGAAUAUAUGCAAAUAUGGAUCAGAUAGAUCUUGCAUACAAUGCAUUAUUCCUGACGAGUGUUCGUAUGUGUGUUUAUAGGUGUAUGAUUGGGCAUGUAAAUAUUAUGACCUUGUGUUCUUGAGCAACCAGUAUACACUUUUGUGUGUACAGGUAUUUACAGUGAAGAGCAUAAGUGCUAUGCAUCUAGGUAAAGAGUUGAUUGCUGAAGAGUUGGGAAAGUUAACAUGAUCAUUUGUCAAAGCAACCCCUCCAUUCAUUGUACUUUUGUGUUAAUUAAUUUAUGGGCUGUGCCAAAAGAAUAAAUGUGCAACAUGAUUGCAAACUUAAAGCAGAAAUCCUGCAUAAUGUUUCUUUCCCUUAAUUUCAAGUGUACUCUAUGUAUUUGUCAAUAUUUGUGACAAUAAUAGAAUCAUUACUGUUUCUGCUAUGAUAUCUGAAUUGUCUGCAUUUGAAUUUGUGUCUCAAAGGCAUUCAUAGAAUUUAAUGGAGUCUGCACAAUCAUUUUAUUUUAAUAAUAAUUUUUAUAAGUGCAUAGGGAUGUUCUUCAUGAUCCUGUAAAUAUUUGAUGAAAAUUAUGGUGUUCAUUAUCGUUAUUUUAUGACUCCUCUUCAUUAUAAUUCAUUAGAAAACAUUCAAUGAAAGUAUGUCAAAUUUGAAAUUGUAUAUAUUAUUCAUGUUGACAUUUUUGCUGUAAAUGUGAAAUAAAAAUAUCUUUCUCU